UUUCAGCUCAUUUGACAAAAGAGAAAUUUGGUGGAUUGACAAGUGAAGGAUACUUUGCUUUUUGAAUUUUUAUGGAAAUAGCAUUUGAUUUCGAAAAAAAUCUUACUUUAGAAAUCUAUAAGUGAUAUAAUGGCUUGGUCGGAAUCUGAGGUCAAUUCUUGUGUGGAUCAAGUGUUGAUUGAAUCCAUAGAUCGAUGGUUAGAUUACUCAGCAGAUGAUUCUAGGUAUGACCAUGAUACAACUCUGGCAUUUUUCGUUGUUCGUAUGCAAUUGUAUUCCAAACUUAUAGAACAGUUCAGAAAAGAAGAGGUCCAAAAAAUCAGUGACGGUGCUAACUUGACAUUGUUUCGUCAACUUCCCAAAUACAUGUUAGGACCUGAUCCUAAUGAAGAUUUUGUUGUUCCCAAUACAUUAACUACUGAUCAAAUCUUGGAAAGAGUUCAACCUACCCCCUCUGAAGAAGUUAACUUGGAACUUGUUAAAUCGGAGUAUCCUGGGUUCACUCCUGUAUUGAAGGAUUUGUUAGCUGGUGCGAUUCAAUUGUACAAUAAUAUAGUAAAUUCCAGUAAUGAUGAAUAUAGCCUUGAAAGGUUUAUUAUCAAGUACUCCCAAUAUUUGAUAACAAAAUUUCAGCCCGGUAAUGCUGAAUUGAUUGUACCCUUCUUGAAACAAUUGCAAAAUCAAUAUCCACCAUCCAAUGACUCUUUUGAAGACUUGAAAUCAAUUCACUCAAUAAUCAAAUCCCGUUUAUUAUCACAAUUCAAAUUAGUAUCGAAGGAUUCUUUGAGACAUCAAAACUAUAAAUCUAUCGUUUUGAAACUUAGAGAACAAGGUAAUAAUCUUAUGCAAAAUCAAGGUUAUGCACAAGCCAUUGAAGUUUAUACUAAAGCCAUUCAAUAUUGUGAUAACUUAGACGAUGAAAACAUACCUCAAUUACUAACAAAUAGAUCAAUUGCCUACAUGGGUUUAUUUUGUUAUCCUGAGGCAAGAUCAGAUUUAAAUAGAGCAGUGUCACUUGAUCAAACUUUCACUCCAGCAUGGACUCAAUUAGGUUACGUACAUUUAUUUUUAGGAACUAGUCUAACUGCUUUAAAAUGUUAUUUGGCGGCUCUUCAAACUGCGGUUGGUGACAUUUUACCUAAAAGCGUUGAUCCUAGGAGUUUAAAAUCUUUUGAAAAAGAAUAUCGUCAAAAUAAAAUGAAUACAAUCAUGCCACAAUUUGUUCAGAGAAUCAUUCAAUCAAUGAUUUUAACUGAAAAAAGAGCAUAUCAACAACGCAAAGACUCUGAAGUAAUUAAAAGUACCGUUGCUAAUGCUAGAGCCAUAUUGGCAAGAUUGAGAUCAUACGCUCUGCAAGAAGACCUUUCUUACUUCACUUAUCUUUAUGAAUAUGAUGAUAAUUCAUUCCGUACAACUGCAUCGCGUGCUAAUAGAGCUAGGCCAAAUGUUUUAACUCCAGAUGUUACCCAAGAUAUAAUAGCUAAUACUGGUUUCGAAAGUACAUCGACCACUUUACCCGCACCUACCAAUCUACAAACUCCAACCAAUCCACUCGAUACCGCUUUGGAUAACGCAGUACCUACUGGAGCUCGUAAUGCAGGCAAUCCAACUACUGCCAGUACUAUAUUUUCAAUCGGAGGUACUAAUUCUACCGAACCCAAUAAUGCUAAUAAUAGACGUGGAUUGGAUUUGGGAAGAACCAGUCAUGAAGAAAAUAACGAGGCUCGAAAUGGCGAUCGUAAUGAUGAUAAUAAUGCCCCCAACGUUCGAAAUUUACUCAAUAAUUUUGGUGAUAUUUUUGAAGGUUCAUUAGGUAAUCGUUCAGAAGUAUUUCCUAAUGAUCCUCGUCCAGAAGCAGGUACAGGUAUCAAUAGACCGGGAACCCCAUUCAGAGCUGAUUCACCAACGCAAGCUGGGCAACAGUCACAAGCUAAUAAUAAUAAUCCUCAACAAGGAGAUCAAAUAAGAAAUAUCAUGAGGAACUAUUUGCCAAAUGGAAUCGGACAGAUGAUAACUCAAGCUCUUGGUUCCGUGGGCGGCGCAUCUGGAAACAUUAGUAUCAAUGGCCGAGUAUUUGAUUUUCAAGGUAAUCCAGUUGACCAACCAGGUACAAACUCAGCUGAACAAGAACUGCCAAAUGGUCAACAUCUGCAACCACCAACACAAGCAAGUGAUUCCCGAAACCAAUCCAGAAGAGAAGACAGAGACGACGAUGUCGACAUGUUCGAAUCACCAGAUCUUGAUUAAGACAAUACUCUAACUUAAUACAUAGUAACUUUUUUUGCAAUUAAAAAGACUGUAGUGCACGUGACUCGAACCUAAAGUAAAAAGUACCUGAACAGAAAAAUGAGGCAAACCGUACUUUGAUUUCGAUAAGA